AUGCUCUCCAUUUACUAUUUACUGGUAUAUAUUGUAAUUGUUUCAAUCUCAGCUUUUCUGUUGCUCAGAGAAUUCACUUCAACAUGGAGAAGUUUGAGAAAGAAAUAUACUGCUUCAAAUAAUUACAAGGUUAGUAGUAGUAACUAUGUUCCUGACGAUGUUUCCUUCGUUAUUUUCUCCAAACUACCUCUUAAAUCUCUCAAGCGAUUUACUUGUGCAUGCAAGUCAUGGUCUCUUUUAUUUGAAGAUCCUCAUUUCAUGAAAAUGUUUCGCAACAAUUUCAUAUUUAUGCAUCGAUCAUUGUACAAUGACACAUGUCUUUUCCUAAAUAUAAAGGAGAUACUGCCAUAUGAUCAACAUGGUUCCACUUUGUAUUUCCUCUCUGAUGAGAAGUUUGAGAAUCGGGUCAAAUUGGAAGAUGAUAGUACUUAUACUCAUUUGUUGGAUUCUGGUAUCAACGGCAUUCUUUGUUUAUCUGAUUUUUAUCAUGAAUAUAUUAAAUUAUGGAAUCCAGCUACUAAGGAAUUGAAGUUUGUUCCUCCUAGCCCUGUUCAAUUUUUAUUUUAUAAAUGUUUUUCAUUUGAUAUUCAUGGAUUUGGUUAUGACCAUGUUAAUAACGACUAUAAGAUUGUUCGUCAUGUUAACAUUUCUUAUUAUCAACCUAAUGACAGUGUUGAUUGGACUUAUCUGCCAACGACACCAAGGUCCUUUUGGGAGAUUUAUAGUGUAAAAUGUAACUCUUGGAAAAGACUUCAUCUUGAAAUGCCUACAUAUGAAGGAUAUUUUAAGGUCUACUUGAGUGGAUUGUGCCAUUGGUGUGUGGGGGAGGAUUAUGAUGUUACAUCCAUGGUUUCCUUCAACUUGAGCAACGAAGUGUUCUGUACUACACUUUUACCCUUAUAUACGAAAGGAAAUUAUUCCGAUAAUUGGGUGCAUCUAUACACUAACUUAGUGGUGAUAAAUGAGUUUGUUUCUAUAAUCUUUGAGCAUGUAAAGACAACUUAUUUUCACAUAUAUGUUUUGGGUGAACCUGGCGUUAGUGAAUCGUGGACAAAACUCUUCAUUGUUGGCCCUUUGCCUAGUGUUGAGCGUCCUAUAGGCGUACGAAAGAAUGGUGAUAUAUUGUUGAUUAGAAACGAGAAUGAAUUGGCUUGUUUUGACUUAAUUACCCAAACAAUUGAAGAUUUGGGUGUUAAAGUGAAUCACUUAUAUUGUGACUUGGCAAUUUAUAAGAAAAACCUUCUUCCCAUUGGCCAGAUAAAGAAGUGA